GCUAGCUGCCGCGUGGUCCAACAUGUCUCUUAGUUGGGGUCAUGCAAUGGUAGUAUUAGCAUUUAUCUAUGUAAGCAGGCAGUUCGCCUAUUAUUCCAAGAAUAGCUGCACUCCAUAAAUGUGAUCGGUCUUAAUGUACCCGGUGGUUGGCAGGACGGGCCAAGCUGCAUUGCAGAUCGCUUAUCACAUUGGAUCAACAGUAUAUGAAAUGGGUGGGAUCUGCGGAAAAGAAACUAUUCUUGAAGAUAAGCAUGGUAUAUCAGAGGAGCCCAUUCUUUGUGGCCACAAUACGAACUUUCCGAAAGGUUUCAUGCGCAUGAUUGCAAGCCGUGGUGCUGACGUUGUCUUCAACUCAUUAUCAGGCGAUAUUCUCAUGGCGUCGGGAGUUUUAGUCGCUGGUUACAGUCGCAUCGUGGAGACCGACGAGACCGACAUCGCUGCCAAUUCGAAUUUGCCCCUAAUGCCAUUCUUGAGGAACGUAUUAUUCAUUGACUUUGGUUUGGCAGUAUGGCAAAAGGGACAAACCGGCUGAUGCUCCGCGGUCCAUGCGGAACAUUAUCGACAUGAUCGCUAAUAACACUUGUAUACGGCCGGCCCGCUGCACGUUUACGACACCUGGGAGUUUGGAUGCCUAUGUCUUCGAAAACAAGUAGAAGUGGUCGUGUCAUUGGGAAGAUGAUAAUGGACCUGCGACCUGAGUCUGGGGCGAAGAUACCAAUAGCCAUUGGACCAAGCUUUAUGCUAGGCCCAGCGGCUGCUUAUGUCAUUGCGGGAGGCCAACAUUCCCCGAUGGAUGUUUAGUAGGAACAGUAGGGAAUCCGAUCCUGUUGACGGACCGCGCCGCGCAUAGACGCGCCAUUUUACGAUAUCGCGGUUACAAAUCCCGUUCAGACAGUUUUCAGAUCAAUUGUGAAUAUGCCACCCAAUUGCGGCUGUAUCAAGAGACUAUGGCCGGCAAGGUAGGUGGCUUCCUAGCUAUCGAUAAUCUUAGUAACCAAGACCACUGAUCAUGAUGUGCAGAUUGUACCUAGGCAUUGU